AUGUUCUCAUCAAGAAGAAGUCAUCCCUUUGACAUUUCCAAGAGUGAGAAGAAUCAUACUCCAGUUACAGAAUUCUACCUUCUAGGAUUUGGGGAGCUCCAUAGUGCAAAGUUUAUAUCAUUCUUUUUCUUUCUGAUCAUCUACUUGGCUACGGUGCUUGGGAACCUCCUUUUGAUCGUGGCAGUUGCAGUUGAGCAUAAGCUUCAUUCUCCCAUGUAUGUUUUUCUCACCUUUCUCUCCCUUUCUGAUCUUUUGGUCAUUACAAGUGUUCUUCCAAACUUGCUUUAUCUGUUGCUGUCAGCAGGAGGCACCAUGUCUUAUGCUGGAUGUGUCACCCAGUUUUUCCUCUUUGGUGUGUCAAGUGUGGCCGAGUCCUUCCUCCUUACAGCCAUGUCUUAUGACCGGUAUGUGGCCAUAUGCAACCCAUUGCAUUAUGGUUCUAUCAUGAACCUUCGACUGUGCCUCUGCCUAGUUUUGUGGUCCUGGUUGCUGGGUCUAGUCCUGGUCUCCACCACAGGAACUCUUGUGUUCAGCCUAUAUUUCUGUGGGCCUAACACCAUCAAUCAUUUCUUCUGUGACUUCGUGCCUCUCAUUGAACUUUCUUGCUCAGAUACCUAUCUUGUUGAAACAGUAAUUCUUCUGGUUUCCAUUCCAAUAGCUUUUGUACCACUCCUCUUUAUUGUUGGCACAUAUAUUUGCAUUCUUCACAGCAUUCUCUCCGUCUCUUCCACCAUCAGAAGGCAGAAAGCCUUCUCCACUUGCAGCUCCCACUUGACGGUUGUUUCUUCAUUCUACGGGGCACAGCUUGGACUGUAUGUGUUUCCAUCUAAAGGUCAUUCCUUAAAUGCUAACAAGGUUAUUGCUUUAAUAUACACAGUGUUUACACCAAUGUUCAACCCAAUGAUUUACAGUUUGAAGAGCAGAGAGAUCAUGCUGGCACUGAGGAGCAUUUUCUUUUGGAGAAUGACUCACUAA